AUGGCGAAAGAAAUAUGUAAGGUUGCUUUGAAGAAGUACGAUGAGCUCAUUUGGAUAUCUCUGGACAAAAAGCAUGAUACGAGGUCUUUUGUAGACACUGUUGCCUGUCAGUUUUGUCUCCCUACUAGUGCAGAUGAAAGGGAAGAAGAUGCUAGUGAAACUGAUAAAAAGGAGAAGAAUCCGGUGAGUGUGAAGACUCUACUGAAGGCCCUGCAGGAGAAAAUGGCAGAAAAGCUUGAAAAGGCCAAAAAGACUAACAAGUUUGUUCUAUUGGUUUUGGAUGGUCAGGUAGAUAUGCUGCAUGAAGACCAGAAUGAUAACAUGGGGAUUGAGCGUAGAAUCAAGGAAAAGAUUUUAGGCUUGAAAUCAAGCACGGAGAAGGUCGAUGAAUUGAGGGUUCUUAUCACAAGGAGGAAAAUUGAAGAUGCUGAUAUGGCUAAGGAAGCAACGAAGCUAAAACUCGAACGCCUUUCUGGUAAACCGGCAUCCACAUUGUUUAUAAAACAUGCUCAUGGCCGAAUUUUUUUUAUGGACGAGUAUGGAGAGGAUAACCGUCAGGAGUUAAAACCUGCUAUGGAGGCCGCAGUUGGUGGUCUGAAACAACUUUUGCGUUUUGCAUAUGAUAGGAAGCCCAGCAAUUCGAUGAUUGACUGCUUCUGGCAUAGUUGGAACUUCUUGAGAGAACAUGGUGGUGUUAACUACAAUGAGUUGAUCAUUAGCUGGAUAAUGGAAGGCUGUCUCAAGCACAUCAAUGAGAUUGAUAAGGCUUAUGUGGAGGGACACGCUGUGUUGAUGAAGCUUAUGGAAUAUAACAUGCUGAAAAUGCAGGAGGACAAUAUUUUUGUUCUGGAGGGUGCAACUGUUAAGAUGGAUGAGUACUGUCGCCGUGGAUACUGGGGGGCAGGGGAUCCUGGUUUGGCUAGCAUGCUCAAGGGUUGUUCAUCUUCUUGA